GGGGAGGCAGCCGAGCCCGCAGCCAUGACCAUCCCCAUCGCCAAGUCCUUCUACGACCUGAGCGCCACCUCCCUGCAGGGGGAAAAGGUGGAUUUCGGCGUUUUCCGGGGCCGCGUGGUCCUGAUUGAGAACGUGGCGUCGCUCUGAGGCACCACGGUGCGGGAUUACACCCAGCUCAACCAGCUCCAAGCCCGCUACCCUCGGCGGCUGGUCGUGCUGGGCUUCCCCUGUAACCAGUUUGGCUACCAGGAGAACGGCACCAACGAGGAGAUCCUCAACACCCUGAAGCACGUGCGGCCCGGGGGCGGCUUCGAGCCCAACUUCACCCUGUUCCAGAAGUGCCAGGUGAACGGCAGCGACACCCACCCCGUGUUCGCCUACCUCAAGGCUCACCUGCCCGCGCCAGCCGACGAGGCUGCACACCUGAUGGCCGAGCCCCGCUUCGUCACCUGGAGCCCCGUGCGGCGCUCCGACAUCUCCUGGAAUUUCGAGAAGUUCCUGGUGGGGCCCGAGGGGGAGCCGUUCCGGCGCUACAGCCCCCGCGUGCCCACGGCCCAGCUGGAGCCCGACAUCCAGCGCCUCCUCAAGCUGGCCAAGUAACCCCGGCUCUGGCACGGUCCCGGCUCCGAUGUGAUCCCAGCUCCGAGGUCACCCUGGGGUGGCCCCAACUCUCCGCAGGGUGACAGCCCCUUC